CCAUAGACUCUGGAGGUGAGUCAUGGCUCCCCAGACUGCGCUCCUGCUGCUCUCGGGGGUCCUGUCCCCGAACGUGACCGGGGCCGGAUCCCACACCCUGAGAUACUUGAGCGCCGCCCUGUGCGGGCCGGGCCGCGGGAAGUACCGGUACCUCGGCGUCCUUUCUGUGGACGACACGGAGAUCCUGCGGUUCUACAGCGACGCCGCAGGUCGGAGGCUGGAGCCGCGGGUGCCGUGGCUGGAGCGCCCGUGGGUGGGGCCGGAGGGUACAGACUUUUGGGAGGAGCAGGCGCGGGAAAUCAGGCACAACGAGCAGAGCUCCCGGGCGAACCUGAACACGCUGCUCGCCAUCUACAACCAGAGCGAGGACGGGUCUCACACCUUCCAGGAAUUGACCGGCUGCAUCGUGGGGCCCGUGGGAGACUUCCUUGGCGGAUUCAGUCAGUUCGCCUACGACGGCACCGACCUCCUCUUCCUGAACGAGGACCUGCGCUCCUGGACCGCGGUCCAUGGCACGUGGCACAAGAUGCUGCUUGUCCCCGAUGAGGACGUCAGGAGGUUCUUCCUGGAGGACACGUGUGUGCACCGGCUCCUCCGGCUCCUGGAGAAGGGGAAGGAGACCCUGCUCCGAGCUGACCCUCCAAAGACACACGUGACCCGCCACGGCAUCUCUGACCGUGAAGCGACCCUCAGGUGCUGGGCCCGGGGCUUCUACCCCGCGGACAUCACCCUGACCUGGCAGCGUGACGGGGAGGACCUGCCCCAGGACACGGAGACUGUGGAGACCAGGCCUGCGGGGGACGGGACCUUCCAGACGUGGGCGGCCGUGGCCGUGCCCCCUGGACAGGAGCAGAGCUACACGUGCCGCGUGGGGCACGCGGGGCUGCCCGAGCCCCUGACCCUGCGAUGGGGACUCGGGCCUGAGGGUGGCCUCUCGCCUCCCCUCGCAGACCCCCCUCCUGGGACCACCGUCCCCUUCGUGGGCAUCGCUGCUGCCCUGGGUCUCCUUGUUGCUGCGGUCGCUGUGGCUGUGAUAUGGAGGAGGAAGCGCUCAGGCAGAGGCGGGGAGAGCCGCGCUCAGGCUGCCUGUAAGUCUGGGUGUUGGGAGGGGACUUCUGGGACCCUGGGGAGCGUGUGCGCUGGAGUCUAG